AUGGCAAGGACAAGAUCAACAAAGACGGCGGACGCGCCUGCAGAGCCAACAUCAACGACUUCCAAGAUUAGUCUCACCCGCUCAGAGAAUCCCUCCAAGAUCUUUAUCCUGCCCUCGAAAGCCACUCCCGAUGCGCGAAUCGUCACUCUACCCAAUCCCAGACAUGCGCGCCCUGCGAGAUAUCUAGUUUGUCCCGAAACUGGCAUCUACGAGUUUACAAAGAUCGCGACGCCAAAGGCGACUCCUCGGAGCUGGCUGAUUGAAAAUGGCAAGAAUGCAGACAUCUCAAUGGGCCAGGAGCUGUACUUGGCCACCUUGAUCGAUCCCGUGUUUCUGGUUCUCCCAGCUCUGACUGAGCAGACAAAGGGAUCAGAGAAGCGGUUAUUUUUGUCAAGUGAUGACCACUUUGACCACCUCCCCGAGGAGUCCUCUCAUCUAUCCGAGAUUCUACGUUGCGAAAAGACCCGGAAACUCAUUGAGAGCAGGAUGGGGGCGGUUUGCGACACGGUCGAGGCAGGCGACGAAACCAUGUUUCGCAUAAACAACGAGAAGCUUGUCAAUGUCGUACUGGAAAAGGCAAGGAGAAUGGAUCAAUUGCCGGCUAGCAUGGAGGAGAAGUUUGUCAAGAAAGCCCUUGAAGCCCCUGUCCUCGCCCAGAAGCGAGAGUUGAAGGCAGAAGCCUCCCAGCCAACCACCGAAACAGUCGAGACACCAGCCGAUUCAACCGAUUCUCAGUCCACGACGACCGAUACCCAGCCUUCGACAGCCACAUCCUUUACAACCAUCACCGACGAUGUCGUCACUGCCAUUCAGGCAUCUCCCGAAGUCACAGACCUGCAAAGGUUACGAGUCGCAUUUAGCUUCAUCUGCUCGAGCUACAUUGCCCCAUCCCUUGCUACCGAAUUACAAGCAGCUGUUGAAAAAGCUGUCGACUUUUCUUCUCUCGACGACUAUCUCUCCAAACUCGCCAAGUUCCGCGCGGAAGCCGUGGCAUCACACUCCAUGGACUACUCCCGAAAACGAGACCGAGACGAAGAAGAGGAUGAGGCCAGGGUUAAGAAGAGAAAGGCGGAGGAGGAAAAGAAGAAAAAGUCGAUGGAAAGCAGAGGCGUCCGGGAGCUCAAAAAGGUCAACACCAGGGGUAUGAAGAAGAUGAGCGACUUUUUCAAGAAGAAAUAG